ACCAACCUCAGAUCGUAAACAAUAAAGUCAAUCAUUUUAACGGAUUUUGUUUGAAACCGCGAUUUUUUGUUUUAUAAACAAACAACUUGAUGAAUAAAAUCUUUUUAUCGAGAAAUUGUUAUCAUCCGAAGUGAGUUAAUCAACAGUUAUUCAGAAAAAAUACUUUUGUAUAUAAAAAAACAAUGAUAGAUAACUUGUUAGUCAACGAUUUUGAGAGUAUUAUUCAAAGUAUCGAAAAUGAAGAGGCUUUACUUCAGAGGUUAUCCACAUUUAUGGUCGAAUCUAGAUCAAAAUUAAAAUCUUCUAUAGAUGAUUUUCAACGAAUAUUAGAAAAAUCUAGGAAUCAACGGAGGGAAAAUAUUGAUGUAAUAAGUCAACUCCAAAAUCACUCUAAAGAAAUUGAAAAACAAAUAGAUGAAGUGUUAGUAUUUCAAAAAGUAUCGAGUAAAAAAAUAUCAAAUUCAGAAAAGGUAGAAGAGAAAUUAAAAGAUGAUAUUAAAGCUGAAAAACGUAAAAGAGAAGAGCUCAUGCUCGAAAAAGUUGACUUGGAACAAGCACGAGAAAAACAAACAAAAGAAAAACGGAUAGAAUGGAAUGCUUUGAAAAAAGCAAUGGCAGCAUUCAAAGACAAUUUAAAUAUACAUAUAAGCUAUAAAGAAAUGGAUAGUUAUGACCAAAUAACUGUUGCAUAUUUUUUUAGAGAUAAUCAGGAUAGAAAUAAUUUUUAUGUAAUAUUUAAUAAUUAUCGAAACUCUACAUGGAAAGUUCAACACGUUGAGCCUACACUUCGAGAUGAACAUUUGAAAGAAUUAAAAUUAGAUUUUUCAAAAAUCUACGAUCUUCACGACAUACGGAAAUUUGUACCUGCAAUUAGAAAAACAUUAUUGAAAUACUACUACUGUAAUAAAUAAAACCACAAGAGAAUUUCCAACUGCUAUCAAAAGAGUCUACAAGUAUCGAAAAACAAAUGAUGCUUAAUAUAUCUAUCAAAGUAUAUUUUUAACUUUUUAUCUUUUCAAAUUACAUGGUUAAACAAAGAGUACGAACUUAGAAUGAAUGGUCAUGACGCAAGUAAUUUCAUUUACGUAGAUAAUUAUUGAUAUUACAUUAACGACACAAUAAAACUAAUCGAAUGAUGUACAUUGUAACAAUGAAACUCAAACUCGUUUAAUUUUAAGUUGUUAUUCAAUUUUUUCGGUUUAAAUUAAAAGAAGAUAAAUAUUUAUUCAACUAAACACAUACAAAUGUUCCAAGUUUCACUGUGUACAUUGUUUUGAUAAUAACUCGAAUAUUUGUGAACACUUGUACAAUUCUUAAUUUAAAUUAUUAUCAAUAAUUAACCUUUUAUCAUUUUGCAAUAAUUUUUUAAUAAAAUAAUUAUGAUGAUAAAUUAGUAAUAAAAUAGUUAAAAAGAUGAACGUAGAAUAAAAGUCUUACGUUGAUUUUUAUAAAGAUUAUGGAAGAUAAAUAUAAGAUUAAAUUCUGAAGAAUUAAAAACAAAUAUAUUUCCUAGAUUUAAAAUUUUUAUUGAAGUAAUAAUGAUAAAAGUGUAAUUAAAAAACUGUGGAUGCAUCAACAGUUCAAUGCUCUAAAUGUGGCAUUUAAAAAGAAAGAAUAUAUUCUAUGAAUGUUGCAGGGAAAUUGCCCAAAUUUGAGCAUAGGAUCUAUUAAUCUAAAUUUAUAUCAAAUUCUUGAUGAGUAGAUUCCAAAAAUAUUUGAAUUUUCAUGAUGAUUCAUAAUAAAUAUAUCACAAAAUAAAAAUA